GGUCCAUGAACUCUGCUGAUCAUGCUGGCAUGCCGUGUUGUCAUCACUUCUAGCUACCCCACUACCCUUUAAGCAUAGCUAGCUAUAGCUACGUCUUCUAACCAGCGACAUCAACACCAAUACCACUCGGUCCAUGGAAAAUCACGACCGUUAUCGUGUCUAAGUGUGGACAUGGCGGAGUGGCUGAAAAAAAGACCCGAAUUAUGAUGUGAAAGUCUCUGUACAUUUGAUCCCGAAAGCAGCCACGCAGCUGCAGUUUGGACCGCCCACUCCCACGCUGGAUGUUUUAUUAGCAGGGCUGGAUGUGCUGGCAAGAAGACAGAACCUCACUUUGAUUUGGAUCCGACUUUACAAGCAUUUUGGUGGAAGGCAGCAUUUGAAAUGAGACCGUGGACAGAUGGUCCCACUGUGUCCACGCCGGAGUGGCUUGUUAUUACAAUGUGAUAUUCACCCGCAGGAGCUACCUCCAAAGUACAAGUGCCGUCCCGCGUCUCAAGGCGAGAACAUCGGGGAGGAUUUCCUACUCGGGCUCGAGGACACCUGUCAUGCGGCGUGGGUUCCGUGUCCUGUUGGCGGCACUGCUGCUUCUCCACGUCGCCGCCCUCGCCGCGGUGGGCGGCCGCGUGAGGAAGAAGGUCCCGCGGACUCGCUCGUGCUUGGACCUCCCGGAGGAGAUCCUGGAGCAGAUGUUCGGGCGUCUCUCUGUCGGCGUGCUGAGUGCCUUCCACCACGCCCUGCAGCUGGAGCCCCGGGACAAAGUCAACCUGAACUGCCCCGGGACCGCGCCGUCCCCGCCGGCCGACAGCAAGAGCCGCCUUCCUGUCAACCUGCUUAGCGUCUCGCCCUGGGCGUACAGGAUCUCCUAUGACCCAAGCAGAUACCCGCGCCACAUCCCAGAGGCCUACUGCUUGUGUAAGGGCUGUCUGACCGGACCUGACCGCCAGGAGAGCGACCAGUACCGCAGUACGCCUGUCUACGCUCCCUCCGUCAUACUCAGGAGGUCCGGUUCUUGUGUCGGGGGCCGCCACUCCUACUCCGAGGUGUACGUCUCCAUCGCCGUGGGGUGCACGUGUGUGCCUCUUCUGGACAAAGACAGGCUCAUCCAGAAUGGCAACCAGAGCCUGGAGUCUUGGAGAACGGAGCCCAAAGCUGCCAGGUCCUUCUCGGUAGCAGGAAGCAAGCGAGUGGGCUGAAGAUGGAGUCUAACAUGUGACUCAAUCAGAACAUCACAUACGGCAUGAAAUACAAGUUAGGGGAAACAUUCAGCCUUUGCAAAGCUAGUGUUCGCCUUUGGUUGACGCUGCCUGAGAGGUUAGUGUACUGUUACUCACUUUUGUCCAACCAAUUCAAAUAAGCAGACUUUGCUUUCCUAGUAUUCUCUACUAUUGAUACAGUGUUUCGUCAUGUCUGUGACUGCCUGGGCAGUCCAUCCUGCCCGGGCCCCAAGCGCCUCCACACACCCCGCUAAAUGACUAAAUGAGAGCUUUGGUCCCAACAACACGUUCAACCAUCAAAUGCAAGCAUGUUCUGCAUCAACGCAUUCAUCUUGUGCAUAUGUUACCAAUAGCGGUUGCAGAGAAUGGAUUUGGCCAAAAAAUGUCAAUAUUCUUCACAAUUUGCAGGUGUUAUACCUGUUCUUACUUUAAAAGUAUGAAUAUUGAAGCAAAUGGGACUUAUUCUUGGCCUAACUUAAGCAGUUGCAAUGAGAAGGAUGACAAAAUGAGUGAAAAUAGAAAAAAUAAGGCAGGAUUCAAAGACGUGCUUGUAGUAUUCUUCACUGGAAUGGAACGAUAGCCACUGCAGGAUGUACGCAGUCCAGAACAAUAAACAACUAGAAAAGCACUCAAGAGCGUCAAAAGACCUCGUCUUCUAUGAUGACAAUUCCAAAGCACCCUAUUUUCUUUUCACAUUCUGGAUCCUAGUAUCCAGAAUGAUUCCAUUAUCUGGAUCAGUCUUUGAUACAUGUAGUUUUUUUUCCUCCCAGUACUCAGUAUCCAGUACCAUUUUUUUAUGACUUUAUAUGCAGUUGCCAAAAAUGGUCCAAUCUCUCGCAAUGUUAGAGAAUCCUUGAAAAACUUCCUGGAUCCAGACGGUGAUCCAAAGUGUAAUCAGUUCUUCCAUAUCUAAUUUCCUACAAUUUCAUCCCAAAUCCAUGUCGAACUUUUCAAGUUAUUUUGAACACACGGAUGAACGCCGGCAAAAACGAAUGUAAAAAGGAACUCUUCCAAUGUUGGCGUGUGAGCCUUACGUCUUAUUUAUGGCUAAUAUGUUUAUCAUAUUCGGUAAUACAUGUGUAAAGGUGGCUAUAGGGGUGUUAUUUCAUGUCUAGAGGGCUCUAACGUUAAAAACAUGUCUUUAGAAGGUUGUGAGCAGGUUUUCUCUGCUCUAACUAGGAAAAUAUUCCAUUUCUAAAUAAGAAAAAAGGCACAUUAUUGACAUUGUGACCCUGCCCACCUACCCACUUUUGUACACACACACACACACACACACACACACACACACACACCUCCCUGCAUGUCCAC